AUGACGACCUGCUCCACGUUGCUGGCUCUGGUCAUGAUGCCUCUGCUGCUCUACAUCUACUGUCACGGCUUCAACCUGCAGAACACCGUGCCCUACGUUGACAUCCUUGUAGCGUUGGUCUCGAUCCUCAUACCCUGCAGUAUCGGCAUACUCAUCAACUACUACAGGCCGCAGUACGCCAAGACCAUCACAAAGGCAGGCGUCAUUGUCCUGAUGAUUUCGGCGGUGCUGGUUAGCAUCCUUUUCAUCUAUACAGUUGGAGGCUUCGUCCUGACUGUGCUGUCUCCUCCCAUCAUGGCCAUCGCUGCUCUCAUGCCCUUCAUAGGCUACACCUUCGGAUACAUCAUCUCCUGGCUCUUCAGACUCAACCAAUCGGAGCGGAGGACCGUUGCUAUGGAAACAGGCUGUCAGAACGGCCAGCUGUGCUUCACCAUUCUGAAACUGGCGUUUUCCCCGGAGGUCAUGGGCCAUCUGUUCCUGUUCCCCAUCGUCUACUUGUUCUUUCAGGUGACGGAGGCGGGGCUGCUCAUCAUGCUGUUCAGGUGUCACCAAAGGUUCACUCUCAAAGAAAAGAAAGGUAGUGAGCCGGCAGUGGAUGCUGAGCUGGCUUACCUACAACACUAACGCUGGCCAGUUCAGUCUCUCUCUGCUCCCCCAUGGUCUGCUCUGCUCUGUUUUGUGUUUUCUUUUAGUACCUUCAUACACUAUUUUCCAUCCUUAUACAUCACUGGUGUUAGUGAUUGUUCACUAAUCUGUUU